AUUAUUAUAAAAAAUAUAUAAUUUAUAUAAUUACAAUGCUAAUUAAUAUAUUAAUAUUCAAGAUUUUUUUAUUGAAGACUAGUUUAGCAGAAUGGAUAGAAAUUCCUCAAUUUUCUAAUGAAGAAAAAGUAUACAAAAUACCUGUAAAACAAGAUCAUUUUUAUAAAUUUACUCAAAAGGAAAAUCAGUUCCUUUAUACAUAUCAAAAUAUUACUUAUAAAAAUUUAAAAGGAAAGCAAACAGCAACUAAUAAAACUGGAGAAUAUGAUUUUUAUAAAUUAAAAAAUAAUAUCAAAGAAGAACCUAUAAUUUUAAAAUAUUUUAACAAAAAUGAAACAACAGAAUCUUUAAUAACCAAAGAAAAAAAAGAAAAACAAUAUUUAGAUAAAAUUUUUAUUGCAAAUGAUAUAAGACUUUUGAAUUAUCUUCCAGUGGAUAUACUUGAAAAUGUUCAUUAUACUUUAAAAUCUCAACCUGCAUCAAAUGAUGGAAAAAUUCAAUUUUUGAAGACAUUUGAAAAUACAUUAAUUUCUGAAAUAGAAGUUCAACUUGCAGCAAGUACAAUAAUUGCUCGAAAAAAAAGGGGUACUGAUCAGUAUGAUCACAAUUAUGAUUAUGAACAUGCAGCAGGAUUUCCAUCUAUAGAAGGUGCACUUAUGGCUAUUUCAUUUCUUACAUUUGCUGUGUAUCUUGUUAGAUUGGUCAUGCUUUUAUUUAGAAAUAUGAAUAAUUCUGCAUCGACUACUGGCGCUACUUUACUUCUUGGCAGAAGAAAAAAAUCAGUAGGCAAAUUAGAUGACGAUAUAAGAAUGCUUCUUAAAGAUAUACAUAAUUUUUCUUCUAAAUUUAAAAAAAAAUCUAAUAUAUGAAAAUGUAUACAUUAAUUAGAUAAAUAUCUAUAUCUAAUUAUAUUAAAUAAUAAAAUUUAAAGUAAUUAUUCACAUCUAAAGUAAUUAUUUAUAUAAUUUCAAAUGUUUAAAAAUAUAUUCAUCAUUGCUUUAACUUAUCUUAUUUUUACAAUUUAGAAGAAACUGAUGGUGAUAAUAUAGGUAAUAAAAUUGUAUUAAGAUAUGAACCUAAUGGAUGUUUUAAUGAAA